AUGCCAUACACUUGUCCGGUUGGCUGCGAAUACUGCAAAACCCAGGGUGCCAUGCAUCCUCCUCACUUCCUAAGCAAAAUGAUGGGCGACCAUCACCGCGAGGGCCAUGGUGAUAAGCGUGGUCCGCCCCCACAGACCCACACUGUUCCCGAGCCGUCAAAUGGAGAGUGUAAUGUCGGAAAGGGUCACCAUUAUCCACAUCACCAUCACCACCAUCAUACACACGGCGAACAUGGCGAAGUUAUAGCAAAUACUGGUCCCAGGCCCAUAAAUACGACAUUGGAUAUCCAUAGACUGCCGUUGAGAGGACAUACGCCGCCAAUUACGGAUAAGCAUCACCAGAAGCAUCAUCAACAUCACCAGAAUCAUGAUCACCAGCAUUAUGAUCACGACCAUCAACAUGAUUUUUUGGAUGAUAGGAUUCAUAGUCGGAAGGGAGCCGAAUCCGCGAUUAUACAUCUUACAAAAAAGCAUGGACUCGAUCUUGACGGGGUAAGGGCUAAGGCGCUGGAGAGAGAUUUGGAGCAUAUCGCCACUUCCUUGUCUUACUCAAUGAUGGCACAAAGAGUACACUUGGAUCCUCAUGCGAUGGUAGGAGAUGCGCCCACGUUUCAAGUUCAUAGAGCUCGGAUAAGAAGCCAGGAAUUCCGGCAGAUUAUCCAAGACUUUGAGAUACUCGGAAAUCAAUAUGGGCCUCCAGCGGAUCAUCUCACCGAAGCAGGCAGAUCUCGAUAUAUUAGUGCUGCGUUUAACCACAUUGUUUCAUGGUUCCACCUUAUGAUUUAUAAUCGCCCCGAAAACUUCGUUGAAUCCGAUAGCCCCAAGAAAAACGGGCUCAGGAACUAUUUCAAAUGUUUUGGUGGCUGCACCAUACUAGUUCUCGAUAUACGCCUUAACUUUGGCAUAGGAAAAGACAGGCUGAACUACAUCGCUCAACUUAUUGCUGAACUCGAAGCCUGCAAUUUGAGUAACGAGAAACAAGGAUUUUCGGUUCCAAUAGUUGGGAUCCUCUGUGAUGGAAGCUCAUUUGAAUAUUUCUCUUAUGACGGAUACUCGAAGUCAUUUUCGAGAGGACUAUUGGUCGCAAAGUCGACGCCAGGAAGUACUGCUAUUGCAAGGGUUACUCUGCCACCUAUUACACAGGCUACAGGUGUGGAGUAUAUUAGAGCUCUGCGUCCUCUAUGUGAAUCUUUCUAUUUCCUCCUGCUCAAAGGAUUCUUGGCUGGAUUGGAAGCGUACAUUCGGCGGGCAAGGGACUAUGGAGCAGGGGAUGGAACAAGAAACUAUGGUAGUGAAUCAGAGUGGGAAUUGGCACUUGCUAAGGCAGUCUUUGCGAGGAACAAGAGUGUCGAGGCGGGAGAGACAGCCAUUGAAGGCAACGUACAGGGGGCUGAAAAGUUAGCUGACGAAGCACGGAUGCUACUUGAAGAGAGUUUAACAUCUAUACCAUCUGGAUACCAAAGAAGAGUUUCGUUGAUGGCGAAUUUUGAGAUUGCUGAUUCCUUAACGGCAUGA